AUGGGUUCGUCGUGGCAUAACGCCUCAUUCUACUGCAAAGUGGUUCCGAUAUCAGCCUUGCUUGCGGUUUUUCUCGUCUUCGCCGCAUAUAUCUUGUGGAGCAUACAUCUUUUCAACCCCGUCCCUCUACGAAUUCAAAUGGACUGCUCGCUUUUUCUAGGAGCAGAGGGCAGGCAACAUCUGGAAGAAUACAAACGUAAUCGAACCGUCCUCAAGCAAAAGAUUGAUCUCGGUCCAAGUAGGUGUUGGACCAUCAGGAAAAGGCGUUACCUUCCGACAGAUGUGCCCGAUAGCAUGGAAGUGCAUCACAACAUGUAUUUCCUACGAAUCGUCAGCCAGAACUACGAUUUUCUGGAAGAAGUCUUGACGAUGAUGUACUCACCACUCCACUUCUAUUGCUUUGUCAUUGAUAGCAGCGCCUCGGCACACUUUGAGAAAUUGGUGCGAACACUUGGGCAAUGUAUUAUGAACAUUAUUGUACCACCCGGCCUUUACGACACCAGCACCGCUCACGGUACUUUCUCAGCCAUAAAUGCUUGCUAUGCGGGAAUGGAUGAGUUUCCUUGGCAACACACCAUUAUUUCAGCGGAAAAUGAGAUACCCAUACAUUCGGUUCACUACAUUGCGGACAAUGCCAGAAGGCUUGGAGAUGCGGCGCGGAUUGGAAGAGUGACGAUUUCUGAAGAGCACACAAGAAUCCUUGGAGAUGAUCUCUCUAAGACCAACCAUCAAGAUCGAGGUCGGCCUCUUUCUCUGGAUUUCGACAAAAGCGUCGCCUUGGAUGCAUGCCACACGAAUCGCUACGACAAUAGAAGCAACUGCAUCGUCGGCAUGGAGGAUUACGAAUACACGACUAACAUGGAGCCUUAUUCGUGUGAUGAGGUCACGCAGGCUCCCAUACCCGAGCAUUACCAUCUUCAUCGUCUCCUGAAGUCCAGCUACGGUAUCAACCAAGGUCUGCACGAUCUAUCAAUCGGUGUAGUCACAAAAUGUUCCUGUUUAGCGGCUUUGGAGGAACUCACUGGCUAUGAGGAUUGUAAUUUUCUCCUGAGCGACAUGAUCUGGGAAACAGGCACCGGCCCCUCUAGGGCCAUUCUGAAAGUUUCCAAUCCUCUGGAAGCGAAAUGUGAUGAAAACAUCGAUUUCCAGAUUAAACUCUGCCGUAUCCUCAAUGAGAAAGGAAUACCGUGCCCAACGACCAUAAAACGAUUGGAUGGUCGUGAUUGGGCACGUGAAGAGAUAGUUGAUGGAGUACAUCUACCCGUGCGAUUGUUCGAAGUUAUUCCUGGCUCAAACCUUGAGAAUUUCACUUACGACUAUGAGGUUGCCAAGCAUAUCGGCGAACUUCUUGCAAGAUUCCACAUUAUUGCUGAUGAAUCGAAAUGCUUGAUACACUCCGACAUCAACGAAACAAAUGUUCUCAUGAUCGAGAAGGAUGGCCAAAAGAAGGACGUAACAUUCUACUGUGCUGUAUUUGCAUUUAUCGGACAAACAAAAACAAGGGAGCUGCAUCAUGAAGAAAGGCAAAAGAAAAGUGCGAUUGACGACAACUGGGUGUAA